AAGCAAUUCAUUGUAAUGUACUUAGCUCCUCAUUCGUCUGCAACCUUGAGCUCAAUUCCAAGACUUACACAAGGUAUAUACGCAGUGGCGGAGUCAGAAAUUUUAUUCAGGGAUCUUUUGACCGGCACGAGAGUGAGUGAUUAAUUAAUCAUGUGGCGGCUAAAGAUUGCCGAUGGAGCAGGUGAUCCUUACUUGUUCAGCACGAAUAACUUCACGGGGAGACAAACGUGGGAGUAUGACGCCGACGCCGGCACCGAUGAAGAGAGAGCGGAGGUUGAAGCGGCGCGUCUUAACUUUUAUAAUAACCGUUAUAAAGUCAAGUGCUGCUCCAACCUAAUUUGGCAAUAUCAGAGUCUAAGAGAGAAGAAUUUUAAACAAACUAUACCGGCGGUGAAGAUAGAGAAUGGGGAGGAGAUUACACACGAUAAGACGACAACUGCAAUGAGAAGAUCCGCUCAGUUGCUAUCAGCUUUGCAAGCCGGCGAUGGACACUGGCCUGCUGAGAAUGCUGGUGUUAAUUAUUUCACUCAGCCUAUUGUAUUCUGUCUCUACAUAACUGGCCAUCUUAAUACUUAUUUCCAUGCUGAAUAUCAAAGAGAAAUCCUUCGAUAUUUGUACAAUCACCAGAAUGAAGAUGGAGGGUGGGGCAUAGACAUAGAAAGCCACAGCAGCAUGUUCUGCACAGUUUUGAGCUACAUCUGCAUGAGGAUGCUGGGUCAAGGACCCGACGGCGGUCGAGACGAUGCCUGUGCCAGAGCUAGAAAAUGGAUCCUUGACCAUGGUGGUGCCACUCAUAUUUCCUCCUGGGGAAAGACUUGGCUCGCGAUACUUGGUCUAUAUGACUGGUCUGGAUGCAACCCAAUGCCUCCUGAGUUUUGGAUUAUGCCUUCUUUUGUUCCUGUUCAUCCAUCAAAAAUGUGGUGCUACUGUCGACUGGUGUACAUGCCAAUGUCAUACUUGUACGGCAAAAGAUUUGUUGCAAAGACCACUCCUCUCAUUUUGGAAUUGCGAAAGGAAAUUUUCGUCCAGCCUUACCACUCUAUUAACUGGCACAGUGUGCGCCAUCUCUGUGCAAAGGAGGAUCUUUACUAUCCGCAUUCGAAGAUCCAAAACUUUAUGUGGGAUAGUCUGUACAUAGCAUCGGAGCCAAUUCUGAACCGGUGGCCGUUGAACAAAUUGGUCAGAGAAAGGGCUAAUCACGCCACAAUUCAGCUCAUUCAUUAUGAAGACGAGAACAGCCGUUAUAUUACAAUCGGAUGUGUCGAAAAGGCGCUGUGUAUGCUUUCUUGUUGGGUCGAAGAUCCUGAUGGUAUUUGCUUUAAAAAGCAUCUCGCCAGGGUUCCUGAUUACUUGUGGCUUGCUGAAGACGGCUUAAAAGUUUCGGGUUUUGGAAGUCAGUCGUGGGACGCCAAUUUUGCAUUUCAAGCUCUGUAUCUCUCAAAUCUUGGCGAUGAAAUCAUGCCCACACUAGCCAAAGGAUAUGAUUUCAUUAAACAAACUCAGAUAAAGGACAAUCCUGCAGGAGACUUUAGAACAAUGUUUCGACAUAUAUCGAAAGGAGCUUGGCCUUUCUCCGAUCAAGAUCACGGUUGGCAAGUUUCUGAUUGUACCGCAGAAGGCCUUAAGUGUCUUCUAUACGCGGCACAGUUGCCCACGAAAAUGAUUGGUGAGAAAGCAGAGGAUCAGCGCGCAUUCGAUGCUGUCAAUGUUAUACUCUCCCUGCUGGGUAAAAAUGGCGGUGUAUCAGCUUGGGAGCCGGUGAGAGGUUCCAUUUGGUUAGAGAAACUCAAUCCGAUGGAGUUUUUGGAGAACAUCGUGACCGAGCAUCAAUACGUGGAAUGCACGUCAUCAGCAAUAGAAGCCCUAGCCAUGUUUAAGAAGGUGUACCCCGGUCAUAGAACCAAAGAAAUCACCAACUUCAUUGAAAAGGCAGCUCAAUAUGUACAAAACAUUCAGACAGCAGAUGGUUCUUGGUACGGAAAUUGGGGAAUUUGCUUCAUUUACGGGACAUGGUUCGCACUUGUCGGACUCUCCGCUGCUGGUAAAACUUACAACGAUUGUCCGUCGCUGCGCAAAGGAGUUGAUUUUCUGCUCAAAAACCAGUGCAAAGAUGGCGGUUGGGGAGAGAGUCAUCUUUCCUGCCCAAACAAGAUAUACACACCUCUCGAAGGAAAACGAUCCAAUAUAGUUCAUACUGCUUGGGCAAUGUUAGGUCUAAUACAUUCCGGCCAGGCAAAGAGAGACGCAACUCCUCUUCACAAGGGUGCAAGAUUGUUGAUCAAUUCUCAACUUGAAGAUGGUAGCUUCCCUCAGCAGGAAAUAACGGGAGCAUUCAAGAACAACAAUAUGUUACACUAUCCGUUAUACAAGGAUUGUUUUCCAUUGUGGGCACUGGCUGAGUUCCGUAAACACUGUUUGUUGCCGUCAAACAAGAGUUUUUAGUUUUAAAAUUAAAUUUAAUCGGUCCACCUUUGACCAACCAAGUGUACCAUUAAUUAUGUAAUUUAUUCAUCAUCCUUUUGUUCAGUUCCUACAUGUCAUCAUAUUGGUCUGUUGUAAAUUCACACCAAAUGUAAUCCACUCCCUCCAUAUAAAAGAAACACUAUUUUUGUCUA